GUGGCCCAUUAAGUUAAAGCGCAUCUUCAUUUCGGCCCACAACUGCACAACCAAGAGAUAGUCGUGCGUGCUUCUGCUAUAGCCUACAGCCAACAGCUUUCAAGGGUUUAAGAUACUUUUCAAUCUCAGCCGGAUUAUCAGGUUCCGGCACCGGAGUAAAAUGACGGAAGUAGCUAGCAACGUCGUUCACGACGUAUUAGGUCCACGAGCUCAAGAUCUGGACCAGCCAAUCAUCGAUUACAUCGUUAAUGUUCUCGCUGAUGAAGAUUUUGAUUUCGGAUUUGAAGGCGAAGGUGCCUUUGAAGCUAUUGGAGAACUCCUCGUUGAUUCCGGAUGCGUUGAUGACUUUUCUGAAUGUCAUUCUGUCUGUGGCAGACUGUCAGAGAAAUUUGGAAAGCAUGGUUUGAUCAAAGAAAAGCCAGCUGUUAGAAGCCUUGCUACACCAUUUAGAAUGAAUGAGGGAAUGGAUGAAGUGAAAACCACAAAAAAGAAGCCUGAACCAGUUGACGGUCCCCUGCUUACUGAACGCGACAAAAUCAAGCUUGAAAGGAGGAAGAGGAAGGAUGAGCGUCAAAGAGAGAUGCAAUACCAGAUGCAUGUAGCAGAAAUGGAAGCAGCGAAAGCAGGAAUGCCUGUUGUAUCUGUAAACCAUGACAAUAGUGCUGAAGGAUCUACAGUUAGGGAUAUUCAUAUGGAGAACUUUAAUGUGUCCGUUGGUGGACGUGAACUUAUUGUGGAUUGUACUGUUACACUUUCUUUUGGGCGGCAUUAUGGUCUCGUUGGCAGGAAUGGUACCGGGAAAACAACUUUCCUAAGGUAUAUGGCUAUGCAUGCCAUUGAAGGUAUUCCUAAAAACUGCCAGAUAUUGCACGUAGAGCAGGAAGUUGUUGGUGAUGACACAUCAGCGUUACAAUGUGUCCUUAAUUCUGAUGUUGAGAGAGCACAACUUUUAGAAGAAGAAGCCCGUUUGAUAAAAUUGCAGAGAGAUGCUGAGCUGGACGCUGAAGAAAAAAAGGACCCUACUUUGGUAAAUGACAAUGACGGAAUUGCACAAAAACUGGAAGCGAUAUAUAAAAGGCUAGAGUUUAUUGAUGCAUAUACCGCGGAGGCUCGUGCUGCUUCUAUUCUUGCGGGUCUCAGUUUCACACCAGAAAUGCAAAAGAAGCCAACAAGGGCUUUUUCUGGAGGAUGGAGAAUGAGAAUAGCUCUUGCUCGUGCUCUAUUCAUUGAGCCGGAUCUUCUAUUACUUGAUGAACCUACGAAUCAUCUUGAUCUUCAUGCAGUGCUGUGGCUGGAAGCUUACCUUACUAAAUGGCCAAAAACAUUUAUUGUUGUUUCUCAUGCUAGGGAAUUUCUGAAUACGGUGGUCACAGAUAUUUUGUACCUUCAAAACCAGAAGCUGACUGCAUACAAAGGAGAUUACGAUACAUUUGAAAGAACACGAGCUGAACAUCUUAAAAAUCAACAGAAAGCGUUUGAAUCAAAUGAGCGUUCAAGAGAACAUAUGCAGGCUUUCAUCGAUAAAUUUCGGUACAAUGCAAAACGUGCUUCUCUUGUUCAAUCUAGAAUUAAGGCGCUGGAUCGCUUAGGACAUGUUGAUGAAGUCGUGAAUGAUCCAGAUUACAAGUUUGACUUUCCUACGCCAGAUGAUAGACCUGGUCCACCCAUUAUAAGUUUCAGUGAUGCUUCGUUUGGCUACCCUGGAGGCCCAAUACUGUUCAGGAAUUUGAACUUUGGGAUAGAUUUGGACAGUCGUGUAGCAAUGGUGGGCCCUAAUGGUAUCGGUAAGUCCACUAUACUUAAGUUGAUUUCAGGGGAGCUUCAACCAACCUCAGGAACAGUUUUCCGUUCAGCUAAGGUUCGUAUUGCUGUCUUCAGUCAGCAUCACGUGGAUGGACUCGAUCUCACCUCCAAUCCACUUCUAUAUAUGAUGCGUUGCUUCCCAGGAGUGCCUGAACAAAAGCUUCGAGGCCACUUAGGUUCUUUCGGUGUAACUGGGAAUCUGGCACUUCAACCAAUGUACACCUUGUCUGGUGGUCAGAAAAGCAGGGUCGCAUUUGCAAAGAUAACGUUUAAAAAGCCUCACAUCAUAUUGCUUGAUGAGCCGUCAAAUCAUCUUGAUUUGGAUGCAGUGGAAGCAUUAAUACAGGGUCUUGUUAUCUUCCAAGGAGGAGUUUUGAUGGUAAGUCACGACGAGCAUCUGAUUUCGGGUAGUGUUGACCAGUUGUGGGCGGUGUCAGAAGGCAGGGUGACGCCUUUUAGUGGCACAUUCCAGGAUUACAAGAAGAAACUGCAAUCUUAGUCACAUCCAGCACUCGUGUUAUGAUAUACUAUACUGCCUCUGUAACAGACGUCCCUUGCAUUCUGUAUGUUGUCAUAGCAACAAGACUUGGAUAAACAAGCUCAAGAAGUGAUAUUUUUUUUGUUAUGAUUUUCGAAAGGUGAACAUUGUCAUGUUACCCACAACAUUUUUUCUUCCCGCAGGGAUGAGUUGGUUUGGUAACACGCUAAAGUUAUUUA